GUCACUAGGCUGUCAGCGCACGUGUAGCGACAAUGGGCGGCACCGUAGCCAGCGCCCUAACGCAGCUGCUGCAGUUUCUCGGCGGAAACAUUUUCAGCGUCGUCUUGGUCGUCGUCACGGCUCUCGUGUCGUCGUACUACGUGAAGCGACCGCGUGGAGCACCGCCCGGACCCCGCGGCUGGCCCGUCGUUGGCUCCCUCGUCUCGCUGGCGGGCAAACAUGGGGGACGUUACCUCAAGCAGCUGAGUGAGCAGUACGGGCCGAUAUUCAGCCUCUACAUGGGACCGCAGUUUACUGUUGUCGUCAACGAUGUGGAGCUAGCAAGGGAAGCAUUUCUCAACCAGGGCGAGCACACGGCGGGGCGACCAUUCCACUAUGUGCUGCACCGCUAUGAGGCGGACGAUCGUGGUGAUAUGAACGCAUGUGCUUCGAUUCAGUUAAAAUGGGAAUCCACGGUGAUCAGGGUCAUCUUUUCCCUGCAUGAGGUCACAGAGCCUCUGAAAAAUCCCUGGCUGGUCAAGCUGUCUGUACAAGCUGUAACAGUCGGGUCAGUCCAGGAUCUCAGGACUUGUAUGAGCGAGGGAAAGCGCUGGAACUGGCAUAAGAAGUUCGCGCUCCCCAGUUGCGGCAUGCUUAACUUCUACCCUGUGCUGCGACACCUGCCGGUCUUCAGCCGCAUGCUGAAAAAGAUGGACGCAGCGUACGUAGGGUUGAACAAGGAGCUGCAGAGUAACAUAGGCGAGCACGAAGAGCAGGCGCCGGAGAAAGAGGGAGACGCGAGAGACUACUUAGACGCAUACCUGCUAGCGCAGCGGCAGCGGGCGGGGACAGAUUCAACAUUCACUAGUUUUCAGCUGCUGGUCUCCGUACGCGAUCUGUUUCUCGCGGGAUCACACACCAUUAUGACGACGCUACGCUGGUGUCUGCUCUUCAUGCUCAAAUACCCUCACGUCCUGCGGAGAGUGCAGGCCGAGAUCGAUGACGUCAUCGGACGAGGAAGGCUACCCUGCAUGGCGGACCAAGACAACAUGCCGUACACGCGGGCGACAAUAACCGAGGUGCAGAGAGUAGCGGACAUUUUGCCUCUGAGCGUGCCACACAGCACGACCGCCGAGAUACAGCUAGGAGGCUACGUCAUCCCCGCCGGUACGCCAAUCCUUGCUAACCUCACGGCCAUCCUCAACGACCCGAAACACUUCCCCGAACCGGAGAAGUUCCGCCCGGAGCGCCACCUGGACGAGCGUGGAGACUUUGUGCAGAACGAAGCGCUGAUCCCGUUCUCCAUUGGUCGUCGCGUCUGUCUAGGAGAGGCUCUCGCGCGAGUGGAGCUGUUCAUAUUCUUCACAAGCAUUCUGCAGAACUUCGACAUCAGGCUACCAGAUGGCGUUACCGAUCCGUCUAUGGAUGGAAACUUGGGCUUCGUGUGGAUGGCAAAUCCGUAUCUGUUGCAUUGCGUCGCACGACAGUAAUCCAAAAUGAUGUCAAAACCUCACGCCGUACGAGUGAUAAACUUGUCGCGUGUUAUCCCAUGUUUUAACGUGUAACUAAACUGUACUAUCUUACGUUUUAACGUGUAACAAAACUGCGCUAUCCUACGUUUUAACGUGUAACUAAACUGUACUAUCCUACGUUUUAACGUGUAACAAAACUGCGCUAUCCUACGUUUUAACGUGUAACAAAACUGUACUAUCUUACGUUUUAACGUGUAACAAAACUGCGCUAUCCUAUGUUUUAACGUGUAAGAAAACUGUACUAUCUUACGUUUUACCGUGUAACAAAACUGCGCUAUCCUAUGUUUUAACGUGUAAGA